AUGCAGGCGAAUUCCUUGCAUAUUCAGUGGAAUCCUCCAUGGAAUCCGAACUGGAUAAAUGCGGGAAAUGCGUUGGAAUUCUUUGCAAAUCCGAUGAAUCCGUUUUACGAUAUAAAUUGCCUUAAUGAACAAGUGAGGGUUCAGCGUCUCGCUCCCGAGGUCUUAGCACGUGCACAGGGGAUCGAGUACGCACUGCUACAUGCAGCAGAGCCGUUGUUCACUAUCCGUAAACAGUACAGGAAUUCUCCAACCUCGGUUGUGCCGCUUGAUGAUUAUUAUAUCAUUGGUGGAACCGUCUACCAAGCCCCUGACUUUUGCUCAGUAUUGAACUCGCGAAUUCAGUCAGCGUUGAAUCACGUUGGUGCUGCUUUUGAAGAGGCCAAAUCGUACUACAGGUUCCAUCCUUCGAAAGGCUAUUGGUGGCAGUUCAAGGGAUAUUCGUCUAUCGAUUUGGGUUAG